AUGUCGUUUCUUUCAAAUAAAUACCGUGCUCUUGUCGUCGGUGUCACUUUUCUUUGCCUCACUGCCAUCAAUUCGAACUAUAUUGUGGUCAAUUUCACGAUCAUUUGUAUGAGCGGAGAUAUGAGCGAAACGAUCACACAACCAAAUGGAAAUGUGACCUCUCGAUACGCCUAUACCCCGGCACAGCAGAGUAUGGGGUUGUGGGCGGUGGCGUUGGGCAGUGUGAUUGGCACUUUCCCCUACAGUUGGGCUUUCAUUCAAUAUGGAGCCAGAUUCCCAUUCCUUCUCGCGGGUCUCCUGUCAAUGGGCGCCACUGCAGCCAUCCCCUUGGCCGCUCACUUAUCAUUCAUUGGUGUCCUUUUUCUGCGUUUUAUCCAGGGUGUCUCUUACGCAGCUGAUUUCUCUGUAUUGGGUGUAGUGACGGUGAAAUGGGCCCCAUUGGAUGAGACGAGUAUCUUCAUCGCAAUUAUGACCUCAUUUGUCACGUAUUCGCCAUUCAUCACGAAUCUUGUCUCGUCUUGGUUUUGUACCUCGUCACUUGGUUGGAAGUUCUCUUUCUAUGCACAUGCCGCUUUCACGGCCGUUUGCUUUGCUGCCUGGCUUGGCAUUUACGGAGACGAGCCAUCAAAGCACUCACGCGUGAAAAAGCAGGAGUUGUUGAAGAUUCAAAAGGACAAGACAAAGGAACACUUGGAGGCGGAUAACUUUGUGCCUUAUAAGGCGAUUCUCACCACUCCGACGGUGUACGCGAUUUGGCUAAACGGUUUCGCUGAGAUCACCACGAUCACCGUUUUGCUCACCUACAUGCCUCAAUAUUUUCAUACGGUUCUCGGCUUCGACGUGACCUCGACGGGUAUCCUCUCCGCGGUAGCUGCGCUCAUUCACGCUCCUAUCAAGUACAUCUCCGGGUAUUGCAGUGACAAAAUAACAUGGAUAAGCGAGCAUCGAAAGCUGCAAAUCUGCAACUUUUUCGCCGUUGGCUUGGCGGGUCUUUUCUUCUUUGCAAUCGGAAUUGUCAAGAAGAGCGGUGAUGGAGUGACCGGAGUGGCACUUUUCUUCGCGAUUUACCUUGUAAUGGGCGCGAAUUGUGGAGCUUAUUGGAAAUGUGCGGCGCUUGUUUCAAGACAAUAUGCUCAUUUUGUUCUCUCGGUGAAUCAAUUCAUGAAAUGCUUAGCCUUAGCGACAGCGCCGGGUAGUUGGCUGCUCUUUGUACGGGAUGAGAAAGAUGUUGUUCAAUGGUCUUACGUGUAUUACCUCAACGGUGCUUUAUUGAUUGUGGCAAAUGUUGUUUUUUUCUUCAUGUGUUCGGAUAAACCAGCGGCUUUCACGAAAAUGACUCGAGAUAAUCCAACGGGAAAAAUGCUUGCAUCACCCGACAAUCAUCUCGAGAGAAUACAUCAAGAAACAAUCAUUCCUGCA